AGUAGGAACGCAGCUGUCAGGUUUUGAUGCCAGGUCUCCCUGUAGUAAUUCCCUUGUCCUGGCAACAGACAUGUGAUUGACAGCCUGGUGCUGACUACUGGGGCGGAUAUUUGAACCUUAAUCUUAACCAUCUAUUGUUGGUUUCCUUUCUGAAACUACUACAUAAGAUAGUUGGGCAAAUUCAAACCUCACAUUAGUGGAGUAAAUGCUGGUAGCUCAUUUUAUAGUCAAAGAACUAAAGUCAAAGAUAGUGAGUGGCUUAACCCAGCGGCCAAUAUUUCUAGGACUAAGCUGAUAGAAAAGGGAUUGGUUUAAAGAUUGGGUUGUGUUCCGUUGGAGAUGGCUUACCUGGCAUGCCCUACCACAGGAAAAAAAAGAAAAUGGGAUUCGGGUGACUGAUGGGGUCUCAAGGUUUCCAUUUUAAGCUCCACUGAGUAGGUUGGAAGGUGGGCAGGAGGCCUGUGUUAUUAGAAGGAAACUGAUUCGCCCUUGGCAGAACCUUGCUCAGGUGACCAGAGGGAGGCAGGCCUUUGGCAAGUGCUUUGUCACUGGUGUGGCUAGAAAUAUGGCAAAGCAAGCUCCAAAGUAGUGAGUAUUAAGUGUUGAUGCCUAUGUUGUAUUUACUGAGAACUUUAGCUUCUUAAGUCACCCUCAAGAUGCCCCAGCUUCCCAAGUCUGACAUUUCAUUACCUUUUAGUAUGUGGUGGUAACCUAAGGCUUGUAAUACCCCUUACCUCCCAGAAAAAUAGGUGCAAGCAAGGAAAGUCUAUGGGAGGAAGAAUGAAGUAUUUAAUACAAAGGAGCCUUGCACAUAUUAAUACUUUUGAGGUGUUUAAUAGUUAUUGCAGGACCAUGAAGAGGUAGGGGACCCAUGAACUAGAAGUCAAAGCUUAUUCCAAAAGUGAUGAUAGUCUUGAAAAUGGAGCCACAUAAGUUACCAUUUUUACCUUUGAGAUUUAUAGUAACUUCACUUUCUUCUAGGCUUGAGUAAUUAACAGUGCUCUGUGGGAUUUUUUAAAUUUUUGCCAUGUCCGAAAUAGGUCAAUAAUCCUAUAACAAAUACCUUAAAAACUUGGAGGUGGAAGGGGGGUAGCUCAGAAGCCAUUUUACAGGCAUAUGACAUCACUAUUAGGCAUGACAUCACCCAGACCCUAUGAUGUCUGUUCCCACAGCAAAAGCUCAAAGCUGAGUUUGCGCAUGUCUAAGGUAAGGAAGCGUUGCCGCGCAUGCUCUAGAGGUCGAGGGGGUCACAGGCGGGUCAUAUACACUGACGAUUUGCGCGCGCUUCCCUCUUGUCCCGGAAGUGCUUUCCCUACGGCACAGCUGGGCGCUAAGAUGGCGGCGGCGUGAGUUGCAUGUUGUACGAGGAUCCUGGGGCUGCCGCAUUGCUCCGGCCCCGCCAUGGCCAUCACCGUCACGCUUAAAACGUUGCAGCAGCAGACCUUCAAGAUAGUGAAGGUGCUGAAGGAGAAGAUAGAGGCUGAGAAGGGUAGAGAUGCUUUCCCUGUGGCUGGACAGAAACUCAUCUAUGCUGGCAAGAUCUUGAAUGAUGAUGUCCCCAUCAAGGAAUACCAUAUAGAUGAGAAGAACUUUGUGGUUGUAAUGGUGACCAAGGCCAAGGCUGGCCAAAGUACCCCAGCACCCCCAGAGGUCUCACCCACUGCUGCCCCAGAGUCCUCCACACCCUUUCCUCCGGCUCCAACAUCAGGCAUGUCCCAUCCUCCACCUGCCAGCAGAGAGGACAAGAGCCCAUCAGAGGAAUCAGCUACUGCAACAUCUCCAGAAUCCAUCUCUGGCUCUGUUCCCUCUUCAGGUAGCAGCGGGCGAGAGGAAGACGCAGCUUCCACAUUAGUGACUGGCUCUGAGUAUGAGACGAUGCUGACUGAGAUCAUGUCCAUGGGCUACGAGCGGGAGCGGGUUGUGGCCGCAUUGAGGGCCAGCUACAACAACCCCCACAGAGCUGUGGAAUACUUGCUCACGGGAAUUCCCGGGAGUCCUGAGCCGGAACAUGGUUCUGUUCAGGAGAGCCAGGUACCAGAACAGCCGGCCGUGGAAGCAGCAGGGGAAAACCCCCUGGAGUUCCUGCGGGACCAGCCCCAGUUCCAGAACAUGCGGCAGGUGAUCCAGCAGAAUCCAGCCUUGCUCCCUGCACUGCUCCAGCAACUGGGCCAGGAGAACCCUCAGCUCUUGCAGCAAAUUAGCCGACACCAGGAGCAGUUCAUCCAGAUGUUGAAUGAGCCCCCUGGGGAGCUGGCAGACAUCUCUGAUGUAGAGGGGGAGGUUGGUGCCAUAGGUGAGGAGGCCCCACAGAUGAAUUAUAUCCAGGUGACGCCGCAGGAGAAGGAAGCUAUAGAAAGGCUGAAGGCACUGGGCUUCCCAGAGAGCCUGGUGAUCCAGGCCUACUUCGCGUGUGAAAAAAAUGAGAACUUGGCUGCCAACUUCCUUCUGAGUCAGAACUUUGAUGAUGAGUGAUACUGGGAGGCUAGAACGCCCCUACCCCACUCCACAAAAGUUUUAUAAAAGAAAAGGUGUGUGUGUGUGUGUGUAUAUAUAUAUAUAUAUACACACACACACAUAUAUAUACAUAUAUAUAUAUAUACAUACACACACAUAUAUAUAUUCAUGUUUAUUUAAGAGGAAGAAAAAAUUAAAAAACUAUUAAAAAAAAAAAAAAAAAGAAACAACACCUAGGCCAGAUUCCCACCUUUCUGAAGUGGCCCCUAUUCCCAUCUCAGUCCGACAAGACCUGGGCCAGACAGCUGUCCCCAUCCUCUUAACAGAGCCCAGCCUGCUCAAAGUUGCUGGCAAGACCAGGAGGUGACAGAUGGGCCCCUCUUGGCCUCUGUCCCAGCUCCCUGCAGCCAGAUGGAGAGGCGCCUGCCUGCUUCCCCAUCCCCUGAAGCAUCCCCAAGGACAACCCACCUCCCUCCUCCAUGAUGAGGGGAAGCUGGAGCCCUAAACUUUUAUCCUCCGUUGGAGUGGCCCAAAUCUUUCCAUCUGGAGCGAGUGAGUUCAUUAGAAGCCCAAGGCUUUCUCCCUAGUCUGGCCUUGGCCUCCAGCCUGGAGAAGAGGUAACAUCAGCUCUGAAGGCCAAGGCCACCCCACCCCAGGGCAGAACCACAUCUCUGAUAAAGGUUUUGAAGUGAAUAAAGUUUUAAAAAUGAGCCCUAA